AUGGUGUCGCCCGAGGAGCAAAAAAUAGUUAAUGAGCUCCAGGCCAACUGGAUCUGGACUCCCAAUUGGGUUGAUUCUUCUGACAUCAACACUGCCGGACGAGUCGUCAAGUUCACGCGCAAAUUCAGUCUUCCCAGUCGUCUGACGAAAGCACUGCUGCAUUUUUCCGCAGAUACGCGCUAUAAACUCUAUGUCAAUGGCGCACGAGUUGCUGUGGGCCCAUCUCGAAGCAGUCCUUUGAUUUGGUACUAUGAUACUCUUGAUAUCGCGCCUUACCUGAAUACAGGUGAUAAUGAAGUCGUCAUCUUGGUCAUCCGAUACUUUGCGUCCUCACGAGGGGCAAUGCCGUUUGAGAGGACAGCCAUUCCAGGGUUAACUGUUGUUGGGAGAGUGCAUGCUGAGACAACAGUCAUAGAUCUCAGCUCUAGUGAAGGAUGGGAGGCUCAAGUGGAAAACAGCAUUAGCUUUCCCAUGGGCCUGGUGGAUGAUGUGUUUCUUCAUAUAAGCGAACGCAUUACUCCUUCUUCACCAAGCCCAUCUGUCAAACCAAUUACACAUGCUACCAGCGUUAUCCGUCUUUGUGAAGGCGACAUGCCUGUGGACAGUUGGAAUACGUGGCUUUCUGGCAGCAAACCGUUGAGUCUAUCCGGUAACUCUUCAUAUAAUGUCGAGUUAAAGGCCGAAGUUCAUUCUACAGCAUUUGUGCGAUGGGCCAUCCAGGCCUCCAAGCAGACUCGGAUCAGACUGAAAAUAACGUACUCAGAGGGAUACGAGCUUGAGCCUCGAUCUUACCCCUUUUUUCGAACGAAAGCCGAUCGAUUAGACGAGACAGUGGGCCACCUGAUUGGUCCAUAUGAUGAUGUGAUACUGGAUCUUCCAGCUAAACAAACAGUCAUUUAUGAGCCAUUUUGGUUCCGCACGUUCCGCAUUAUGCGAUUAGAGAUUACUGUUGGAUCUGAGCCCGUUGAAUUGCUGUCUUUUGAUGUCACCCAGAUAAACUACCCAUUGGCCGUGAAAGCCACCUGGAACGAACCGGAGGAUGCAAAUGGCAAGCAAAUAUGGGACGUGUCGAUUCGGACAAUGCGGAACUGCAUGUUUGAUGGAUACUCUGACUGUCCAUUCUACGAGCAACUUCAGUACUCUGGCGACAGUCGCUCCGUCGGUUUAUUCCAUUAUCUUCUUUCCGGCGAUGACAGACUAAUGCGACAAGCCAUCACCAACUUUGCAUCUUCCGUCACAACUGAAGGACUGACCCAAUCACGAUUCCCAUCACACGUUCCACAAAUAAUUGCCGGAUUCUCUCUAUAUUGGAUUUUGCAGAUCUGUGACCACCAUCUUUUCUUCGGCGACACACGGUUUUCUCGCUCUUUCCUGCCGAGGAUUGACGGCGUUCUUGACUUCUUCGACGCGCAUGUCAAUGAUCAAGGUCUUAUUAGCGGGCUACCCGAGGACGUAUGGCAGUAUGUCGACUGGGUGACAACAUGGGGCGCAACAGACGACCAUCCAGACAAAGGCGUCCCAACCUCUGGGCGGAAAUCAAACUGUCAUACAUACUUCAGUAUGCUCUAUGCAUACGUUCUCAAACAAGCCGCUAGACUGGUCCGCGAAGUUGGUCGACCAGGCCAUGCAAGUGAGUACGAAGACCGAGCAGCAUCGCUUCUCAGCGCAAUCCGAAAUCAUUGCUACGACGGCCAGUUUUUCACGGAUUCAACCGCCGAUAUUGCCGACGACCUGGCGUAUUCCCAGCACUGUCAGGUAUUCGCAAUACUCUCUGGAGCCGCUGAAAUACUAAAUAUAGAAGGCAAAUCUCGUCUCCUGACAGAAUCAUUCUCGAAUCCUCGCUUUUCAAAAUGUUCGUAUAUGAUGCAAUUCUACGCUCUCAGAGCAUUUGCACUUGCAGGUGACGAGGUCUACGAGGAUUACUGGCAGCGCGUCUGGAAUCCAUGGCGAAAAAUGCUCGAGAAUAAUUUGUCAACCUGGGAAGAGGAUGAUGUGCGGCAGCGCUCGGACUGUCAUGCUUGGGGCAGUGUUCCUAUCUAUGAAUAUUGUACAGAGCUGGCGGGUAUACACCCGAUUGCACCGGGAUCAACCAAAGUGCUCUUCAAGCCGCGUUUGCGGUUGAGCAACGCCGUGGAUGCUAAAGUUGCGCUGGGGAAGGAUAACCUUGCCAGCGUGUCAUGGAAGAUUCAGGACGGAGGUGAAAGGCGUGUAGAGUUACGCCUGGAGAGAGGUAUUGAGGUACUGAGCCAGCUUCCUGGGGGUGAAGUGAAAGAGCAUGGUAUCGUGGAUCAUGUCGAGUUGAUAUACAAAUCUGUUUGA